UGGGUACCGCCCUGGACACUUCACUUCUUGACUCCGGGGAUUGUUGCGUCUGACAGCUGCUCUCAAAAAGCUGCCUGUACUGCUCCUACUUUUAAAUAUAUGGUGCCAAUUACUCCCCCGAAAGCAUCGUAUGCUCCUGGAGAAGAAAUAGACUUUAAGUGUAUCCCAGGAUACAAGCGUAUUACACCUCUUCUCCACACCAUUACUACUUGUCAGCCUAAUAACACAUGGGCGCCUGAUCUCCAGGAGGCUUGUGAAGUAAACACAUGUCCGAAGCUAGAAGAGCCCCUCAAUGGCCAAAUAGUCUAUGUAGCUUAUGUAAACACAAAUAAGAAGUUUGGUUCUCAAGCUUAUUAUAUGUGUAAUGAAGGUUAUUACAUAGUUGGAGAAAAAAAUCGAUAUUGUGAACUUACUGGGAGACUGGAAUGGUCCGGCGUUGCCCCACACUGUGCGAGGAUUUUGUGUCAACCGCCUCCACAAAUACCCAAUGGAGAAUUCAGCAAUAGCGACAAGGAUGUAUUUGAAUAUAGUGAUGUAGUAACUUACCAUUGUAUACCUUCUAAUGGGCCAGAUGACUUUUCACUUGUUGGAGAGAACAAGCUUACUUGUUCUGGGCGUAACAAAUGGAGACCUGACCCUCCUGUGUGUAAAGUGGUCAAAUGCCAACCUCCAGUACUCGAGGAUGGGAGAGUCGUUUCUGGACUUGAGAAAAAAUUAUACUACAAAGCUGAGGUUACAAUUAAGUGUGAGAGGGGAUUUUACCUUGAAGGCAGCAAGACACUUUUCUGUGGAGCUAACAAUAAUUGGGAGCCCGCGUUGCCAAAAUGUAUUAAAGGUGCCUGCGAUGAGCUACCAACAUUUACGACUAUGAAACUAAAGGGCGAUGCUGCGCCCCACUAUGCCCCCGGGGACACAAUAGAAUAUGAGUGUCUCCCAGGAUACAAGCAUCUUGUUCCCAUUCUUCCCACGUCUACUGUUUGUGAGACUGAUAACACGUGGUCACCUCUCGAGGAGGCUUGCACAAAAAAAUUAUGUCCACCGCUAGCAGAUGUUCAAAAUGCCCAAGUAUUUUACACACAUGGAACUUUUCAAUUUGGUUCAGAGACUCAUUAUACUUGUAAUGAGGGUUAUAGGUUAAUUGGAGCAAACAUUCUAUAUUGUAAUCUUUCUGGAGAUGAUGUGGAAUGGAGUGAUAACCCCCCACAGUGUGAAAUGGUUAAAUGUGAGAUUCCAGUGGUCGAGAAUGGCAGACUGGUGUCAGGACAUGAAAAAGUGUAUCAUUACCAAGCAAAGGCUGACCUUGAAUGCCUGGAGGGUUUUGACCUUCAAGGUAGCAGUAGGAUUACCUGUGGACCUAACAAUGAUUGGGAGCCUCAGAUUCCAACGUGUAUUAAAGGUGACUUUCCAGAAGUAGAAUUUCAAAAUUUAGAAAAUGUCCAUCCUGCUAAUCAGGUCACUCCUCCUCCAGUGACCAUCAGCACUCCAGGUUCGGUAACUCUUUUUCUUACUUACAUUCUUAAGAAAUUCAGCCAAAACCGGUUUGAUGAGACUCUAAAUGAUUUAUUGUUUGUUUGUUUUUACAAAGGUUUUAUUGUCUUUACUUUUUUAACUUCUUUUGUUUUCCCAGGGAAACCCUCUGCAAAUAGUACACCACCACCUAAGGACAAUAAGGAAUACGGUGGAGGACUCAUUGCUCUGAUGGUUCUUCAGCAAGUCUUGGCGUUGCAGUAGUUGGCACCGGUGUGUACAGGUAUCUUCACAUCAGCCAAAGAGAGUAAAUUAAAUGUAUUUCUAGAACGUAUCGGUGCUUCUCACUCUUUUUU